UCCCGCCCCUUGCAGCGCAGCGGGCUGCGGCUGCCUGAGACCCUGGCCUUGGGGCAGAGAGUCCCCGAGGCUGUGGCUGUCUCCUCCCUGCCGAGGGGUGUUAUUCAUGCCACCCCGAGGAGCUGCUGCUGUCCUGUGGGCCCGCCCUAGACAGCGGGGCAGCCCGUCAUUGCUCCCCUGGGUGGAAGUGGGGCUUAAAGCCAGUCUAGUUGUUAGGGUCUGGUGGGGAGAGCCCCUGCAAGCCCCUGACCUGUGUGGGGAGCCCCACUGCCAGCCACUCCAUGGGUGCACAGGCACCAUAGGGAUGACCCUGGUAUAAACUGCUACAGGGACAGAACCAGUGACACGUGCCCAGCUCCUGGGUGACUCCAGCUGCCAAACCCAUGGAGAAGGGAGAGCAGCAGUGAGGGCAGCAUCCCAGCCUGGUCCCCAACGAUGGGGACAGCUUCCUCUCUGGUGAGCCCAGCGGGCACCGGAGGGGAAGUGAUCGAGGACGCCUAUGGAGGAGGUGGCGGCGAAGCCUGUGAGAUCCCAGUGGAGGUGAAGCCCAAAGCUCGCCUGCUGCGCAGCUCUUUCCGCCGGGUGGGUGCUUCGCGGCCUGGAGGCCUCAUUGGGGCUAGUUUCAAAUCCACUGCCUCGGUACAGGAGUUGGAGUGCAUGGCUGAGUAUGAGCGUCUGAAGAAAGAAUACGAGAUCUUUCGUGUCAGCAAGAACAACGAGGUGGCCUCUAUGGUCAAGAAAGAAGCCAAGCUGGACCUGGAGAACAAGAGACUCCGCGCAGAGCUCCAGGCUCUUCAGAAAACUUAUCAGAAAAUACUUAGAGAGAAAGAAAGUGCUUUAGAAGCCAAAUAUCAAGCCAUGGAGAGAGCUGCUACAUUUGAACAUGACCGAGACAAAGUCAAGAGACAGUUCAAGAUUUUCAGGGAAACUAAGGAAAAUGAGAUUCAGGAUUUACUGAGGGCCAAACGAGAGCUGGAGACAAAACUUCAGAGACUGCAAGCCCAGGGGAUCCAAGUUUUUGAUCCUGAAGAGUCUGAUUCAGAUGACAAUUGCACAGAAGUUACUGCUACUGGAGCCCAAUCUGAAUAUUGGACUGGUGGAGUGUUGGGAAGUGAGCCAUCUAUGGGUAGUAUGAUGCAACUUCAGCAGUCUUUCAGAGGGCCUGAGUUUGCUCAUAGUUCCAUAGAUGUGGAAGGACCAUUUGCGAACAUAAACAGAGAUGACUGGGAUGCUGCUAUUGCCAGUUUAUUGCAGGUCACUCCACUGUUUUCCCACUCUCUGUGGAGUAACACAGUAAGGUGCUAUCUCAUUAAUACAGAUGAGACUCAACCUGAAGUAGACAUCUUCAUUAGGAACUACUCACCAAAACUUCAAAGAAUAUGUGAAACAAUGGGGUACUUCUUUCAAGUUGUUCAUUUUCCAGUAGAAAAUGGAAAUCAUUUCCAGGCUGUGAGAAAAUGGGAAAUUGAGAAAAGUUCCUUAGUCAUUUUGUUCAUACAUUUAACUUUGCCAAGCUGUUUGCUGGAGGACUGUGAAGAAGCUUUAUUGAAAAAUCCUGAAGGAAAGCCCCGGCUGAUUUACCGCAGAAUAGAAGAUGGCAAAGUCAGUUCAGACCCUGUGCAGCAGUUAACUGAGCAAGUUUGUUAUGUGAACAAAGCAAAGCUCAUUGAUCACAUGGGAGGAGUGGAAGAAGGAGCGUAUGAAACUUAUAAUUGUGUGGAAAAGAUCAUUAAACAGGAUAUAUUUGGCUGUGAAAGCACAGAAGUAGAAAGCAAGGAUUUGGGUAAUAAAGAGGAAUCCACUGCACCCGAAGAGGAAGUUUUUGGAGAUGUACUGUGGGAUGCACAUGAUGAACAAGAACAGAUGGAAGCUUUCCAGCAGGCUUCUAACUCAACAUGUGAACUAGGAUUUGAGAAAUACUAUGAACGUCUAAAUGAUCUAGUGGCAGCACCAGCACCCAUCCCACCUCUUCUUGUGUCUGGAGGACCAGGCUCUGGCAAAUCUCUUCUCCUGUCAAAAUGGAUUCAACUGCAACAGAAGCAUUCACCAAACACACUAAUUCUCUAUCACUUUGUUGGGAGGCCCAUGUCUGCCAGUUCAGAAUCUGCACUAAUAAUUAAACGGCUUACUUUAAAGCUCAUGCAGCAUUCUUGGUUAGUGUCACCUUUAACAUUGGAUCCAGCUAAGCUCUUGGAAGAAUUUCCUCGUUGGCUGGAAAAACUUUCUGCUCGUCACCAAGGCAGCAUUAUCAUAAUUAUUGACUCUAUAGACCAAAUACAGCAAGCUGAAAAACAUAUGAAAUGGCUGAUAGAUCCCCUGCCAGUGAAUGUAAGGGUGAUUGUAUCUGUGAACGUGGAAACAUGUCCUCAGGCCUGGAGGUUGUGGCCAACUCUUCAUCUUGAACCAUUGAAUUCUAAAGAUGUGAAAUGUCUCAUUAGUGCAGAAUGUAGCUGUGCAGAUGUUAAAUUGACCAAAGAACAGGAGAAGAAACUUGAGAAACACUGUCGUUCUGCCACAACUUGCAAUGCUUUGUAUGUCACUCUUUUGGGCAAAAUGAUUGCUUGUGCUGGAAGUGCAGGAAAUAUUGAUGAAAUCCUUCAACAGUGUUUCCAGUGUCAAGAUACAGGAUCACUGUACGGACUUGUUCUGAGAUCAGUUCAGGAAUCCAUGCUGAACGAUAAAGACAAACACCUUAUGAGAGAGGUUCUCUGUCUCAUCAGUGUUAGCCACAAUGGAGUGAGUGAAUCAGAGCUGAUGGAACUUUAUCCCGAACUAUCCUGUGCCGUAUUAGCCUCUCUAGUUCACAGUCUGCACAAGAUGUGUAUGCUGACAUAUGGCUGUGGUCUGCUAAAGUUUCAGCACCUCCAGGCUUGGGAAACGGUGGGACUAGAAUACAUGGAAGAAGGUCAAAAUAUUAUUUCUACUUACAGAGAAAAACUAAUAGACUACUUCACCAUGCAGUUAAGUCAAGGCAGAGUGACUUGGAGAAGUGCAGAUGAACUUCCUUGGCUUUUCCAACAACAAGGCAACAAGCAGAAACUACACAAGUGUCUCCUGAACCUCUUUGUAUCUCAGAAUCUUUACAAAAGGGGGCAUUUUGCAGAAUUACUGAGUUACUGGCAGCUUGUCGGAAAAGAUAAGAGUUCAAUGGCAGCCGAGUAUUUUGACUCUCUAAAGCAAUAUGAGAAAAGCUGCGAGGGAGAGGAAAGUAUGAUCUGUCUGGCUGAUCUUUAUGAAACUCUGGGACGAUUCUUAAAAGAUCUAGGCCUUCUCAGCCAGGCAGUUGCUCCUCUGCAGCGUUCUCUGGAAAUUCGGGAGACUGCACUGGAUCCAGAUCACCCCAGGGUAGCACAGUCCCUCCAUCAGUUAGCAGGAGUUUAUGUGCAGUGGAAGAAGUUUGGAAAUGCUGAGCAGUUAUAUAAGCAGGCUCUGGAAAUCUCUGAAAAUGCUUAUGGGGCUGAACAUCCCAGGGUUGCUCGUGAACUGGAUGCACUUGCAACAUUAUACCAGAAACAGAACAAAUAUGAACAAGCUGAACAGCUGAGGAAAAAAUCCUUUAAAAUGCGACAAAAAGCAGCAAGGCGGAAAGGCAAUUUGUUUGGAUUUGCUCUUCUACGUCAACGAGCCUUGCAGCUGGAAGAGCUCACGUUAGGCAAAGACACACCAGAUAAUGCUCGAACCCUCAAUGAGCUUGGAGUUCUCUAUUAUCUGCAGAAUAACAUUGAGUAAGUAAUGUUUAUGUCACACAGUCAUAGAUUCCCUCUCUUUUUCUUCUAUCUAAUGAGACACAUUAUAUGGAACCUCAUGAAAAAUUCUCAGUGAUAAGUCUAAACGCUCUCAAAUACUAAAUACAGUGCAAUUUCCAAUUUCUUUUAGUUUUCUAUUAUAAAAUUAACUCAUAGUAUCUGAAGUCUGCUGUAGAGUGAGUGUCAUUGGCAUCUGGAUAUUUACCACAUCACUGCAUUUCCUAUUUUAGAACUGAUGUACUACUACAUUAAAUUUAACUAUCACUAGUUGUAAAUGUAUGGGGUAUUUUUAUGUCCUCUCUACCAUGGUUCUCUGUUACAUCAGACUCCUUUAUAAAAUUCUCAUUCUAACAGCAAGGUUUUUUUUCUUUUAUAGCAUUCAAAAUGCCAGUACUACAAGGAAAGUAAUGAAUUGUACAUAUAUAUUAUAGGUGAGAUCCUUGCCCCUGCUCUGAUUCCUUUAUGAUGUGCAAAAGGACCAGAGCAGCAUAAAAAGGCACCAAAAGCCACAUAACUGGCCAGGGGAGAAUUCCCCUUGCACAAGAAAGGCAGAAGACAUCUAUGAAACUGUCUCCCAAGGACCGCCUCGCAAGCCCCAGUUUAGAGGGUGUGAUGCGUCAGGGCCACAGCCCUGCAAGCUCAGCCCACAGGGCAACCUGCAGAUGUUCUUUAACGUAGGCCCCCCCUGAGCUGUGUAAGUUACAUUGAGAGCCUCUCAGACACCUGAAGCAGCCCUGAAUUGGGAGAAUGCCUUAAAGCCACCUUAACUCCUAUUAUUUUUUUGCUGUGCCUCUUAGAAGUGCAACACAGAAUUUUCCCUCAGGUCUUUAAGUCCUUUUAGAUUUUUUUUUUUUUUUGUAUCUGAAUGUCAGGAUCUCAGUGGCAGAAUAAAGAAGUUAAAAUAUGUUGUGGUUUAGAGUGUUUACAUUAAUAGCCACUAGUUAGUGCAAAAUCCUAGUAAUUAGGAUUGUAACAGUUGAUGAAUGUAUGUUAUUUCUUGUUUCACCUGUCAUGCAAUCAGGCCAAAGUCACUGAUGAUAAAUGACUGAUAUCUGUAAAAUCUGCCAUGUGAGAUCAUUGUAUACGCCACAGUCUGUCAGUUCAUCCACAAUUUUUUCAGAUGCUUCCUAUUUCCUGUAGCUCUUUCCCCCCUGAAUUUAAUUGGUGAGGAAAAUGGCACACUGUCUUCUAGUAAAGAUGAAAGUUUAUUGCCUUUUGAAACAGAGUACUGUGCUGUAGUUCUGAAUCAACCGUUAAAGGGGCUUUUUUGAUAGUUUGAUGCAGCUGAAGAGAAUCAAUGAUAGAAGGGAAUUUGUUUGUAUCAACUGAUAAAUGUAAGCCUGAUCUGUAGCCGUUAUGUAGGGAGCACUCCUUUGGCUCCCACAAGGCGACUCCAGGCUUGAACCCAUCUUUUGUGUAUUUAUGAGUCCUUCUCUCCAUCUAAUGUGAAACGGAUAUUUCUAAUUUACUAAACUGACCUGUCUCAAGAAUAGGGUGACAUGGAAUGUGUGUGUGUCAGGAUGACAAACUACCUAGCUGUAAUGGAUAUUGCAUGCAGGGAUUCUAUGGGGAAUCACUUUCUUUUUGUCACAGAGGGAAAAUAGUAAAUGUGUGAUGGAAUAAUACCACAAUAAUGUAAUAAAAUACAUAACCGUCUGAUAGGCUAGACACUUGAACAAUUACUUCAGAGAAAGCCUUAGGAUAGAUCUUAAUGUGUAAAUUAUAGCAGCUGAGCCUAUUGUAUACAAACCUAUUUCUUUUACAGUCUUUACAAUUGUUUGCAAAGGGAAUUCUAACUGCUACUUUCUGAAUUUUUACAUAGUUCCAGAGUUGUUUUACCUGAUCCUGCUACUUGUUUCAUGAAUGUUUACUCCUGGGAGGAGUUACAUUGAAGCCAGGGGGAUUACUCGCAUGAGUAAGGGUUACUUGUAUAAAAAAGGGUACAGAUCAGACUCAAAAGGAAUAUUCACAAGAUAAUGCAAUAUAAGAAAAAAAAUCUACCCAACUGACCUAAAGUGCUAGCUUUUGGGCAGCUAGUAUUAGUGUUCUGAGAUUGUAUUUGAUGCUCUAGUUAACUCUAUAAUUACAUUCUUUCAAUUAGACAGCAUACUGUUACCUGUUGUCUGUCUUUUGUGUUUGGAUAUACA